AUGUCAGAUAGUCCGACAGUCCGACACGACGAACACGUAGCAUAUGUACCCGCCGUCAGAAAAUCCGUGUUCGUUAGUCAGCCUCAGCCUUCGGAGAGGGUUGUGGAAGUGAAAUGGAACACGUUGUCGGCCAGCGAGGCGUCAGAAAGCAAGACCGGUCAGCACACGUCGCAGUUACCGGGUGGUACCUGGAUCGCCCCUGGCCAAGCGCAGCAGUAG